AUGACAUUGGUAAGUAGCGCAGGGAUGGAGUGGAAGAGAAGGCGCGAGUUGGGGAACGGCGUCCGCCUGAAGAUCCUGUCGCCCGGCCCGCGCGCCGACGCGCCACCCGCAAUCUGGACGCGUUCCUUCCUUCACGCCCUCCUCAUCACUGCCCAUCUCUUCUCCACACUAGCCACGAAUCCCCCGAUUCUCAUGGACAACUCUUGGGGUCACCUCUCUCUCAUAAGUGAGGACGUGUUCGCUGGCGCCUUGGCCGAGCAGCCAGCAUUGCGCGACGAGCUUGUUCCACUCGACGAAAGUUUCUGGGUGAAUGUGACGUACACGGCUCUUACCCACAUGCGCCAGUCGCGCAAGCGCACUCCGCAUCCCGACGACUCCUUGGCGCACCCUCUCCAGUACCCGGAUGGGUUGCAGGACCUUCCUAAUGAUCCCGCCCCUCCACGAAACGGCCCUCCCCGACAUCUAGCAAACAGGGACAGCCAUUUGCGGCGCGUCGUGGGUAGUAGCGCGGCUGGCAUUGCACCUUAUCUUCGCGAGCUACUACGGCCGGAGUACGAGCGCAUCCUGGAUGGACCGCCCCACACCUCGCUUGCUCACGGCAUCUGGCUGUGUCCCCAUCCGGAUUGCGAACACUAUGUCAGCCUCGGAGGUCUGAGCCCCCACGCAGUAGCAGUCGUGCGCGCAUACAUCCCGGGCGCUCUCGGCGACCUCGCUGCGCAUCUGGACCCCUUGCGGAUCGAGACCGGCCCGCAUGGCAACCUUACGGUCGCUAACCCUGCGUAUGCAGAGCUUGUCGUUGACCUAGUUGCGUUGGAGCAUCUGGAGGCAGCUCAUCUCGGGCGAGAGGCUGGGUUGAGGUGCGUUGUGUACGGUCAAGACAGAGCUCAUAGGCUCAAUUACGAGUGGCAGCAAGUGGACAUCGGCACGGUCUUGACUUCACGGACGGCGGUUGGAAUCGCAGCGAGGGCCUACGAGGAGUCGCAGCGCUUGGACGUGCAGGCGUCGAUCUCCAUUCUCGCCCGACGCUGGGCUGUGCGGGCCGAGAAUGCCGCAUACGUCACGGCGCGCGAUGACCGCGACGGUGCCCACAAGCGUGCGCACGAGUCGGCACAGUCUGCCGGUCUGAGGGAGAUACGUCUCAGCGAUCCCCGUGGCCAAUCUCUGUGGCGUCAGGCCAAAGAUGUCCAUCGUGUGAUGUAUGAGGCGGCGGUACGCGGAGCUGGUAGAUUGGCCGAACAGGAACGGCUUUUGGCGGAGGCUGGAGAUACGAUGGAGUACUGGAACGCGGGCGGUGGCAGAGCCAGGCUUCAGAGACGCCCGAACGACCCUACUCUACAUGCUCUCCCAUAG